AUGAGUGCCAUUUGUAUCGGUUUUAAGGCGGGAACCGUUAAACCGAAUCGUUGUCGUCGAUGUUUCCGAGACAUCAGUGAACAUGACAUCAAAGAUGAUAAGUCAGCCAAUGAUACUAAAAAGAGCGCUUCCGGUGCCGACUCUGACGCACAGACUGGUACUCAAAGGAAGAGAUCGUCACCGGAAAAGUCGAGCUCUUUGUUUGUGCCGUCAGUUUCAUACCUACCGAACGAUAACUCGUCGACAACUGACAGCACGACAACAGUUCGUCUGAGAACCAGAACCAGAGAACUGCCAAAACUUGAUGACAACCCUCCGGAUGAGACUCAGACCAGUCCGGGGCGACGAACUCGUGUCAGACCCACAACAUCCGAACCCACGCCCAGCACCGCCUCCACAUCGACAUCACUUUCAUCAACCAAUUCCAGUAGAGUUCGAGUCAGGACUAAGACAUCGGAGUUAAGGCUAGAGCCGGACGGCGCCGAACUCAAUGACAAGACGUCGCCCACGAAGACCUCAGCGCCCAAAAGGAUACGGAUUUUGGGCGCUGAAGAGAGUCUGUCAUUGGAUAGCGGCGGACAUACAGACUCACCGGACGUUGAGUUUAUACUUCGCGUCAAAACGGCUACAAAAGAGAAGGAGUUUGACGACGAGAGCAUUGCCGCCACCGAUACCACUGAAACCACUUUAGUUGGUUCGGCAGAAGUGGAAGAAUAUCAGACGAAGAUCGCGAGUCUCGUCACACAACUCGAGAAAACUGAAGAAUCAAUCAAAACAUUGGAGAAACAAAACAAUGAAUUGCAGACAAAGAUUAAGCGAAUGGAAAAAAUUCAAGAAAAUAAAACCAAACAAAUCAGUGAUAGCGAUAAGAAGGCGCUCCAGACCACAGCCCAGGAUCUGUUGAAACUUCAGGGAAAGUGUCGCGAAUUAGAGACCAUUAAUGUUGAGCUCAAAGACGAGAAGAAUUGUCUGAAAAUCGAAAUCAAAGAACUGAAACGAGAGGUGGAGUUAAUGAAGAAAGAGAACCCAAAAGAGCUCAAAGAAGUGAUCACUAAUUUGAGGCUUAAAUUACAACAAACAGAACUCCUGUGCGAACGGCUGACUGAAGAGAAUGAAGAGAUGAAGAAAGAUGUGAAGGCCUUAGAGAUUGAAUUCCAAGAACUUCACGACAACUUCCGUGAGGACCAGUCGUCAGAGUUUCGGGUUUUGAAGCGAGAGUUGGAGUCGUCGUCAAAGAAUUGUCGUGUUUUGCAGUUUAAGCUCAAAAAGGCUGAACGGAGUCUAGAAUUGAUGGAAAACGAUAAGAUAGAGCUCGACAAGAAAGUUAAAGAUCUCUUAGAGACCACGAAACUCGAUGUCGACAAACAUAAGAUGAAAGAACUGGAAACGGAACUGUCGAUCGCUAAAGAAGUGUCACUUAAACUACACGCAGAGAUUGAAACGUUAAGAGAGGGACGACUGCUAUUAGAGCAACAGUUGGCUGAGAAGAAUCCGUCACAGAAGGCGAUCAACCGGUUGUCAACGGGUGGACUCUCGCCAAGCGUUUCAUUUGAUGGCAAAGACUACGAGCAAGUGAUUCGCGAUCUGUACGACACGAUGGAGAGGGAGAAGGAUCUUCAGGAACAGAUGAAGUUCGCUGAGGAGGAGACCCGAACGAUGCGCAAGAAGUUGUCAACAAUGGAGUCCGAGAAUGAGAUACUGAUGAUGCAGAUCAGGAAAAUGGCGAAUCAGAAGUCGAAGGGAGGCAUCGGUGACGACGAGAGCGAAGAAUUGAGUGCCGAAGAGAUGAAACUUAAUUUAGAACUCUAUGAACAGGAAAUGGUUGUCUUGAGGCGAAAGGCCGAUGAGUUGGAACAGGAGAACGACAACUUCCAGCAGGAGAUCAAGUAUUUACAGGACAAACUCAUAUCCCAACCCUUGACUAAAGUGGAAAUCCCGGAAAUACCUGUCGGUUCGCCGCCUAAUGUCAUAUACGACCACAAGAUUAGAAUACUUGAGACGGAAGCGAGAGAUUUGAGGAAAAAAUUGGUGGACAGAGAGAAGGAAUACGAGAGCUUAAGGACUGAGAUCGAAGUCCAUCGACGAAAGGCAUCGAAAGUGAUAAUCCGAAGCAGGAGUCUUGACUCCGAGCAACAGGUGGAUCUGAAACGCCAGUUACAGCUCGUGGAACAGGAGGCCAGCAUUUUGAGACAAAAACUGAUUUCCAUUGAGAAUGAAAACGAUAAACUGGUCAAUGAUAACAAGAGAUUCCAGUUGAGACUCAGUCGAAAGCCGCCGCCCGGACCGGCAGAUCAACUGCAGGUCGAGAACAUUGAACUAAAAGCCAAAAUCAAGGAAUUGGAGCGAAAGUGUGAGAAUAUUAAGUCCGAUCUGAUGGCCAGUAAAUCUCAGCCCAAUCUAAACAGUUUCCUAAUGAGUGAUACCGAAAAUGAUUUGAUAAAUACGCUGAAAAAACAGGUGAAAGCAAAAGAGACAGAGAUUAAUGCACUGAACACAAGACUCACGCAAUCGGAUGUGGAAUCCAUGCGAUUGAACAGAGAAUAUAAGAAAUUGAAGGAAACGGUGUCCGCGAGGAGACGACCAACUCGUGUGGUGAGAGAGACAGCGACUCGAAUGGAGUUGAAAGAGAUAAUCAAAGACUUGGAAGAAGAUGUGAAUGACUUACACAAUACAAUCAAAGGCAAAGAUAUUAUACUCGAGAAUAUCACUGAAGAGUUGAGUGAAACGAAGAGAGAAUUUGAACAAAUGAGAGAUGAGUUGAAAUCUAACGGUCUUUCGGUGAACAGCAACGGAAACAACUCCUCACAAGUGAACGAAAGACUGAAGAAAGAACUCGAAAAUGAGAAGAAAAAGCUGAAGACAUUGCAAACAAAAGUGGAUUCAUUUACUAAAGAAAAAGGCAUAGAUAUGAGUGCUUUGGAUAACUUGGAAGUACUUCAGGCCGAGAAGAAAGAGUUGGCCAUUCAAUUGGCUGACAUUCAGGAGGAGUUAAUCUGCGAACGGAAUAAAACUGAAGAUUUGAAUCAAAAGUUAAAAGCCAUGACAGCUAUGAAAGAAGAACUCACGAAAAGUAGUCAAUUAAAUCUGAAACAAAAGGAAAAGUUUGAAGACGAGAGCGAAAUCACGAAAGAAAAGUUGAGAAAAAGCGAAAACAAUUUGAAAGAUAUCACAAAUAAAUAUGAAAACAUCUCUAAAGAGUUGAAUGAAUUCAAAAAGUCUUCUCAACAAAUGAAAAUUGAGCUGGAUCAGGAAAAGAGCAAAAAGUCUACAAAUGAAAGUCAAUUGACAGCAGUUUUGCAGAAAGAGAUCAAUGAAUUGAAGAAACAAUUAACAGAAAUGACGAAUAAAGCGGACAAUUAUAGGAAACAAUACGAGAGUUUGGAUAAAGAAUUCCGUGAAAAGGAGUCUAAACUGAGAGAAGAACACAACAAAAAGUUAGACAUCGCUGUGAAAGGGGUCCGAAAGGAAGUGCACUUAGAAUUGCAACAAAUGAGAGAAGAGUCCAUUAAUUAUAAGACAAAAAUGUCUGAAUUGACGGAUAAAUUAGAAAAAGCCGAUAAAGAGAUGAAGGAAGCGAAUGAAAAGUUAAAGAAUAUCAACACUCAGUCUCGUAAAGAAAGGGAUGAUUUGCAGAAUAAAAUCACAGAUCUUGAGACACAGAUGAGGGCAGAGCUGAAGAGGAGAGAGAAACUUGAAAAAGAGCACGAAUUGACCCUUAAAUCCAAAGACCAAGAGCUAUUACAAUCACAGGAGCGUAUCGUUCAAUUGGAAAGGGAGUUGAGACGGACUACACAGAGACUGGAAGACAUAGAGUACUCGUCCAGCAAUAAGACGAACAUAUUUGAGAAGGAGUUAACACGAGAGCGACAAGAAUACGAGGAUCUGACCAACAAAUAUGACUUAUUAGAGAAAGAGUUUCUCGAAAUGAAGUCACGAUUGGUGUCAGAAAAGGAUACUUUAGCCGAAGCCGUCGGUAGUAUUCGCAAGAGUUAUGACGAAAAACUUUACGAAAUAAAGUCAUUGAAGGAGACGCUGACCAACAAACAGAAGGAAUGGGUCCGCGAGAAGAUGGACUUACAGGAAAAGGUGGCGACACUUGAAUCAAAGGCCAGUCGCACGUCGUUUGUGGUCGAAGAGAAGAAUAGACUCCAAGACUUGAUGACAGAAAAGGAGAAUCUCUUGGAAUCGUACCGAAAGGAAGAGAAGUAUAUUAAAGAAGAAAGAGAUAAACUGAGAAAACGAUGCGAAGACCUGACGGUGAAGAUGACAGACAUGGAGAAAGUGGAGAGAAUGACCAGAACUACAAAUAUCACCGGAAAAGACAAAGAACUACAAGAAUAUAAGAUCCGUUUAGAGCACACCCAGACCUCACACAAGGGAGAGGUGGCGGCCCUUCACGCAGAAUAUGAGGGAAGGAUGCGACUGAUGGGCGACGAAGUGAAUGAAUUGCAGCGACAAAUAGCACUGUUGGCCAACGAUAGGGACAGAAUUCGGGAUCAAUUGGAUAGAGAUCCCAGUCUUAGGCGGUCCUCGAAAUUCAAAGACGAUAUGGAGGACAUGUCCGCUCAGAUACUGACCCUGAGGUCUGAUCUGGAGGCGGCUCUACUCGACAACAGGAACCUGAAGAUCCAAUUCGGGACCGAACGAAGCGGAUGGCAAAUACAGACGGCGGAACUCAAGACACAAAUCAAUCAAUUGGAGGAACGCAUACUUCUGGAGACGAGAGGGUCGACACGUAAUUACGCGAAGACUAAGAUGGAGUUGGCGUGGGAUAAGGAGAGACAGGAUAACCACCGACUCCUUCAGGAAACGCAGAAAUUUAUUCAGGAAUUGAGAGAUAAGUUGUUGAAUACCGAGAAGAUUAGGGAAAGGGAUCGAUUAGAACAGAGAAAACAAUUGCAGGAACUGAAGGCUGGAAUGGAUAGGGAUUCGGAAGACUCGCACAAAAGGGUCGGCGAAUUGCAGUUGGAUUUGCUUGACCUGAGAGAAGCGCAUUCAAAGGUUAGGUCACAGAAUGAACGGCUCAGGAGAGAGCGGUCGGCCUAUGAGAGGGAAAGGGAUGACUGGAAACACACUGUAUUCGCGGCGUUUGACAUACAACUGAAGGCAAAGGAUAUAACGAAUGAAAUCGAAGAGAUGUAUCAAAUGGUUGAGAAGACCAGCGAACCGGAGAAGACGACAGAACCGGAAACAGCGGUCAGAAAGAGGAGAUCGCAGACAAUAAAUGUGUUAAAUGUGGAGGAAUUGAAGAAAUUGGUGUCGAGUCUGAAGACUCGAAGCGAAGACAUAAAGAGUGUUUCGCUUCCUCGCAAAGAUGUGGACCGAUUGCGACACUGCGUCUCAUUCAGUAGGGCCUCGUCCUCAUCAGAUAUCCCGCCGCUCAGGGGUUCGUCCCAAUCGCUGACUCGAGCGCCACUUCCACCGCCAAACGCCGUCAUAAGAGCUCCGCCGCGACCUAAAGCGUUGGCGAAGAAGAGUGUGUCUCUGGACUACCAGAUCGGCGCCUCCGGCAAUAGGGGUGCCUCUCAGGAGCGCAUUUGGGAAUCGGGCGACUCGGCCAACACUACCCCCACCUCUAGUUAUAGUAAUCUACGAGUCGGUGGUCCGUAUCGCGGGUUCACGACUUACAGCGGUUACGACUCCGACGCUUCCCAUUCCAGGUAUACUCGUGAGGGCUCUUACGGCGCCGAUUCGGACACAUCACUCCCUGCUGUCCCGCAUCACAAGAAAUCUUUUUUCAAGUUCACGAAGAAGACAAACAGUAUCGAGGACUCGUCGACCGGCGGCAGUAUCGCGAGCGCCGGACUCACAUCACUGGCUGUUCACGGCUUCGAGACGAGUCCUAUAGAGCGCGAGAAACAGCGCCUAAAGAAAGAGCAUUCAUUGAAGUAUAAGAUUUCAAAGACACUGUCCAAGACAUUCAGCCGAAGCUCCUCUUCACUGCAAACGGACGAUAAGAGUGCCAUUAAGAUAGAGAAGAGGCCGACUUCGCCCACUAGGAAGUCAGGCAAACAAUCACCUGUGCCUUCCGCUCAAGAAGGCCUAAAGAGUGAUGCGAAGCCUGGAAGAGGAAGAGGUCGUGCGGGAGAGCCCUCACCGACACCAUCGCCAACACCGCCACCAUUGGUGUCAAAGCUAGCGAUUCCUCCGUCCGCUCGACCCCUUCCACAGAUACAUCGGUUCAGAGCCGAGACUAAUGUAUAAAAUAUAUAAUAACUAUGAAUUGGUUUUCUAAAUGACAUUAUUUUAGGGGAU